AUGUCUACAAUACUAAGAACGCUGCGCAACUUGCGCCAGAUUGGCUUCAAGCAAUAUGGCCACCAGAUGCAGCAAAGUCUCAGCUCCACAACGGGGUUUAUGAAGCUCAUCCGCGCAACAGGCGAUACGAAAGCCGGCACGUUCAUCGCAAAGGACCGCUACGGCAACAGCUACUACGAGAACCUCGCGGACGAACUACCAUUGAGAACGCGAUGGGUGGACUACAAAGACAAGGAGUUUGAUCCGUCACAGAUAGAGCCAGGCUGGCAUGCCUGGAUGUCGUAUUUGGUGGACAAGCCGCCAACCCAAGACCCGAUUCUCCAACGGCAAGUACGAGAGUGGGAGCCAAAGGAACAUAGGCCAUGUCUUACAUGGAGUCGAUCAGCAUACAAGCCGUUCAGCACGUAA